CUCGUAAUUUCUUCUCGAAAAAUACCACUAAUUGUGACGAUUUGGUGACCAUGACAGAAACGAAUUCGUCUUCAUUAGCGUUCCUGCCUCUAUCACAAACGAAGAAAUUUCCGUUUAAGCUACACGACAUGYUGCAAUAUGCCGAAAGAAACGGUAUGGUAAGUGCAUCGACUACCUCGUCCCCGGCACAUGGGAUAAAAAUGCAAUUCUAUUGCAAGUUCUGAAUUGAUACCAUCUUUAUUCUCCCCCUCCCCCGCGCACGUGUGUGCCUAAUUUCUAGAACAACAUUGUUGGCUGGACGCCUGGUGGAAAGUCAUUUUGUGUCCGUGAACACGAAAUUUUCUGCAAAAAGAUUCUCAAGGUAAGUAUUACUGAGGAUUGAAUUUCGUUAAAGGUCCACAGGAGACCUAGAAAUUGCUUCUGACCACAGCAUCUUUUUCUGUCCUUCCCUCUCCUCACCCUACCUGGGAAUUUCUACGAAACAAAAACUUAUCGCUAUUAUCCAGAGCACAUUUAAUCAUUCAAGUUACAAGUCCUUCGAGAAGCAGCUGAAGAACUGGUCAUUUGAUUGUGAGCAUACCGGAAAUGGGAAGGUAUAUUCAAAUCCAAACUUUGCGCGUGGACGAAAAUCGCUGUGCAUCAAAAUGUCAAGCAGGAACACGAAACCGAAAAGCGGUAAUACGACCAUCAAACCGGAUGAUGCUGGUUCCAUGGCAUGUUUAAAAGAUGUACCMAUUAAAAGAAGACUCGAUUCAAUGAAAACUGCAAGUCGUUUACCACUAACUCCAGAUAUACUCAAAAUUCACCUACGUAUAAAAGAGGAGCAGGUUAUGCUUGCUAAAAAGAAGGAAUUAGAAAGGAAUGAUGCGAUAGUAAACAUGAUGAAUGCGCCUGCCUCUGCCCUUCAUUCUUUGCUACUCGAGAAGGAAAGAAACGACUCUCUCCGAGAUCUGUCCAAGUUGUCGCCUUCCAAUACUCCUUAUAGGGCUACAGCCAUCCCGGUCGCGGGGCAGAAAAGAGCUUUGGAAAUGACCCGCACGUCACCAUCUUCUGAUUUACUCACAGCUCUGCACAAAAAAAAUAAAAUUGCAAAUUUCACUAGAGGGAGUGUUCAACGACGCGAUAGUGGAAUCACUAGCUUCUUGCGUGGACCAAAAGAAAAAAGACUGUCAUCUCAAAAUGCUUUAGAGCUACUGAGAGAUGUUGGUAUGAUAGAUUUAAGUCAUUCUGAACAUUCUUUGAAAGAAGCUAUUGGAAGCCGCUUGUUACGAUCAGCUUCUCGAGACUCGCCCCAUAGCAGUCAUCCUUUGAGUGGCGUUAGUACACAACUACCAGUCCCACACGAUAUUGAUUCCAUUCGAUUAAGUAACCUCAUUCACUCCAGUCCCGCUCCAUGCAACCACCCUGAAGCAUCUAAUUUGCUCCGUAUGCUAAGUAAAUUGGAGGAGGAGGAGGAGAAAAAUCAGCUCAUAGCUACGCAUUUAAAUCAGUGCAAUAUCGUUGCCACAAAUCCAAAUAUCUAUGGAAUGGACAUUGUCGACAACCGCGUCAAGAAAAUCCUUUCUACCUUACAAAAUCCUCUCGAAACUUCCACUGCGUUGAAGAAUGGGGCACUAUUCAAUCUUCAAGAUAAACUAAGAUUAAAACAGAUUGAACAGCAGCUUUUCCUGAAUCGAUUGGAGCGUGAAAGAGAAGACAAAGCUUUGCGGCUGGCAAUUGCAGAGCGGCGACAGAGAUCAGCUUUGUUGCUUCAGCAGCAAGAAGCAGCAGCAAUACUUACUGACCAGAAACGUCAACAAACACUAAAUGCGCUUUUGGCCCUUCGUUCUCAGAGAGCACCUCUUCUUUAACCAUUUUAGUUUCCAUUAACAGCACGAAGCAAUUUUUACAUUAUAUACAUUCUUU